AUGACGGAGGAGCAGCGCAUGGAGGAGGGCCGCCGCAUGUUCCAAAUCUUCGCCGCGCGCAUGUUUGAGCAGCGCGUGUUGACGGCGUACCGCGAAAAGGUGUCGAAAGAACGCCAGCAGCGCCUGUUUGACGAGAUUGACGAGGACAAUGCGCGCCAGCAGAAGCGCGACGAGAAGCGCGCCAAGGACGCGCAGAAGCGCAAAGACAAGGCGGCGCAGAAGAAGAAGGCCCUGGCCGACGAGAAGGCGCGCAAAGAAGCCGAGCGCGCGGCCGAGCUGGCGGCCCGCCGCGCCGAAGAGGCGCGCCGCGACGACGAGCAGAAGCGCAAGGCCGAAGAGAAGCGCAAGAAGCGCGAGGCGCAGCGCCGGGCCGAGGAGGAGGAGCGCCUGCGCAAAGAGGCCGAGCGCCAGCGCCGCAUCAACGAGCAAAAGGACCAGGAGCGCCGGGCGCGCGAGGCCAAGGAGCGCGACAAGAAGCUCAAGGAAGAGGCGCGGCAGCGCGACCGGGAAGACCAGGAGCGGCGCGAGCGCGAGAGCCGCGAGCGCAAGGAGAAGCAGGAGCGCGACAAGCGCGAGAAGGAGGCGCGGGCGCGGGCCAACGAGGCACGCGAGCGGCAGCGCCAGGAAGAACGGGCGGCCCAGAGAGCGGCGCCGUCGGGCCCAGCGCAGACGAGAGCCCCCGUCCCCGUCGUGCCCGUCGCCACUGCAACCGCCACGCCGACAGGACCGUCCGUCACACUUCCCAAGCGCCCGUCGUCGGACCAGAGCCAAAGCCAAAAGGCGCCCGUCCCCGUCCCCGUCCCCGUUCCCGUCCCGGCCUUGCCGCUUACCAACCAGGCCGCCCACUCGCCGCAGCCGACGGCCGCCACGCCCGUCACUCUACCCCAGAAGGCGCCGACGCCCAUGAGGCCCAAGGCAGGACAAGCAGGACAGGCCGUUGGGAGUGCCGCCGGCAAUGGGAGUAGCGUCGCCGGCUCGAGCUCGCGUACCGCCUCUCUGUCUGGGUCCGGUGGUGGUGGUGGUGGCCCCGGCAGCCAGAGCCAGAACGCAUCGCCCAACCCCAUGACGCCCGUGCAGUCGAGCGCCCAUGCCGGGUGGUCGGGCGCCGGCCUCUUUGGCCAGCACACGUUGUCGGGUGGUGGCGCGUCCUUCUUCCCGACAUCGCCUCUGUCCGGGAUCGCACGGCCUCUGUCUGUUUCCCAGCAGCAGCCGCAGCAGCAUCACCAACAACAGCACAUGGGUCUCGGACUGGCUGGUGCGCCGGGCUCGCCGACCAUGAUGCCGUUUGGCCUCGGCAGCGGCGGCGGACAGCCGCCUGUCACGCUGCCUCCCGGCUUUGGCAGCCAACCGGGCCUGCACUACGGCGGCGUUGGCAACAGCGGCUUCCGCAGCGUUACGGGUCCGCCGGGCAUGCUCCCGAUGCUUUCGUCGUCGUCGUCGGCGUCGUCGUCGGCCGUCAACAGCAUCGGUCGCGCCGGCAGCGGCUUUGGCCCAAUGGUCCCACCGCCGCCGCCGCCUGGGUUUCCUGGACUUGCCAACAACUUGAGCACGGAUGGGUCGGUGGUGACGCCGAUUGGUUCGCUGCCGACAGACGGUGGCCACCACACGCACUCGCGGCAGGCAUCCAUUGGCGGUAGCGGUAGCGGUGGUGGUGGUGGCAGCGGCUUUGACACGGGCUCGUCGCCGGGCGGCAGCGGUCUCGCGUCGCUCCCGAUUGGCCGGCCCGCACCCAUUGGCCGUCCCGGCAGCACGGUGCACGGCCAGCGGGCGGGCGCGAUCGGGUCGUCGCCGUCGACAGACAGCGGCGACAAGACGGACCCUGGCGCUGGCGCCGCCACCGGCACCCACACCCACACCCACACCCAGCACCACCAUGACGAAGACCGGCUGGGCUCCCGCGCGCUGCUCGACGACUCCGACGUUGGCCUAGAGGGCGGGUUCGCGUCGAUGCGGUCCCACCACCACCUGCCGCUGCAGCAUGCACGGCCGUCGUUUGGUCCAGGCCCGGCCCCCGGUCCUGGUCCUGGUCCUGGUGUCGACCUGACGUCGCCGUUCAUGUCGCCAUCCUCUGUCUGGGCGCCCCUGCCUGGCCAACCCGGCCAACCAGGCCAACCACAACACCCUCAACAUGCGCAGCAACAGCAGCAGCAACACCUCCAACACCUCCAGCAGCAGCACCACCACCACCUGGCUAUGGGCGGCAGUGCAUUCCCGCCACCCCAGGGUGCGUUUGGUGGUGGCAUGGGCGCACCGCCUGGCAUGGUGGCACCACCCGGGAUGGUGGGACCGCCCGGGAUGGUGGGCCCGCCUGGCUGGGGCCUGCCGAUGCCGAUGGCGAUGCCCGCGCCGAGCGCGUUGGGCGGCUCGUUUGGGGCACUGCCGCACCACGGCGGGAGUUUGGGGCGGUCCACACAGGGCCGGUCCGUGACGUUGCGGCAGCUGCUCUGCCGGGCGUGCAAGGAGCUCGCCGCGGAGGCUGCUGACGCUGACGCCAAGGACGAAGAGGCUGGCGAGGAGGCCGACGAGGAGGCCGACGGUGAGAAAGGCGAGGGAGAGAAGACGGCCAAGACGACCAAGACGGCCAAGACAACGGACACGGCCCGCAACGCCUCCGACACCCCCGACGCCAACGCCUUCCUCCCCAUGGACCGCGUCAAGGCCCGCGUCGGCGCGCUGGCCACGCACUUCUUGCCGGGGCCGGCCGUCCAGGACAGCGAGCUCGACCUGCUGUACGACACCGAAGGCAACAGCAAGAACGGCGGCGGCAACUUUGAGGUGCAGCGCGGCACGCCCGCCCACCACCGCGGCAGCGGCGGAGCGUCGCCGCUCGCGCUCGCCGACGGCGCCGUCACGGGCAUCCGGUGGGUGCCGGACGCGCAGGGGCUGCUGCAGCGGUUUGGGAGCGGGAGUGCGGCUGGUGGUGGUGGUGGUGGUGGUGGUGGCGACGCGGGCUUUGGCAGUUUCCCGACGGGCAACGGCUUCGGCGGGUUCGGCAGCGGCGGCGGCGGCGGCGGCGGUCUGGGCGGGAUUGGCAGCAUUGGCGGUUUCGGCAGCGGCCUCGGCGGCCUCGGCGGCGUCGGUGGCGGGCUGGGUGGCAUCGGCAACUUUAACGGCGCUGACGCGAACCACGGCACGGCGCCCAUUGGUGCUUCCUCUGCGACUGGGCCUCGCUAG